AUGGAAAUAUUCGGAACGUAUGGAGCCCCAAAAAUUCUUCAGUCCGACAACGGAAAGGAGUUUGCCAACAGAUUGGUCAAAGAACUCGUGAACCGGUGGCCAAGCUGUCGAAUAGUGCAUGGUCGUCCUCGACACUCGCAGAGUCAAGGAUCUGUAGAAAGAGCAAAUCAGGAUGUUGAGAAAAUUCUAUGUACGCAAUUGAGGGAGCAACAAUCAACAAGAUGGGCUCGAAUUCUUCCGAUUGUCCAACCGAUGAAGAAUCAACGUUAUCACCGGGGCAUUGGGCGAUCACCUUACGAAUUUGGUCGAAAAAUGCAACUUGGGUUUCUUGAUACAAUUGCACUAUCGAAUGCCGAGCGAAGCAUCGACGACAACGAACAAGAUAUUCGGGGCACAAUCACAGAAAAUCCAACAUUUUUUCCGGAGACAGACGACGAAGAAGGUGCUAUUGCGAAAGAAAAAGAAGGAGAUUUUGUUCAACGGGACAAAGAAAUUUGGCAUCAUCGCAAUGGAGCGGCUCUUCAACAACAGAAACAGGCCGAAAAGAUGCUUGAAAAAUCUAAAAACAGAUUUGGUGCUGUUGAGGUCGGACAAACUGUUCGUUUGCCAAUCGAUGCAGUGGAUCGUCCGAAAAUCGGCCAUUCAACGCCCCUCGGUGUCGUCAUGGAAGAAAACCAGGGAUUCUAUCAAAUCGGCACCACCAACGGUAUUCUACAGCAAAAACUGACAAGGAAUCAAUUUGAGCUCGCCAAUAAUAACUUCCUUUCGUUCGAAGAAGUGCCACAAGUCACAAGCAUUGCAACUGCACGAAUGGAUGUG